AUGUUCCGUUUCCUCGUCGCCCUCCUCGCGGUCCCCGCGAUAGGCCUCGCCGCAGGCAAGCCGGAGCAGAUCCGCAGCGACCAGGACCCCGUCUUCCAUCUCUAUCUGCAGGCCAACCCGACCGACCCAACGAUGGUGGUGCUCGGGCCCGAGUCGACGUCCGAGUACUUCGACAUCAGCGGGACGAUCAAGUCGACCAACACGAGCAUGUACCUCAACAUCGGCAGCGACAGCACCUCGUACAAGACCCUCACCUUUGGCGCGACGGCGUCGACCACCGGCUGGGGGCUGGAGGGCGACACCAUCAUCACCACGACGUCGAGCAGCUUUGGCAGGCAACUCAACUUCCUGGUCUGCAAGGCGAAUGGCAAUUAUUGGCAGGUCUAUUUCCAGACUGGGAGUGACACGCCGAGUGGGAAGACUUGCAGCAACUACCAAUCCCUCCAUCUGCCCUGCCUUUGUUAA